CGUCGCAGUCGCUCGGGAGCACGGGACCCUCCCUGGCUCUCCCGCUGGCUCCGACCACACCUAUGUUCACUACAACUUAAAUUAAAACUCGGUGAAGAACCCUUAAGUAAAUAAUCGUCACACCACCGACAGCCUUUGCUACCGAAUCGAGCGCCAGUCGAUAAGAUAUAGUCCACGAACAAACAUCCUUUCGUUAUGAAAAUGUGAAUGUGAGUGAUUCCGAGAUGGCGAAGUCUGUUGAAGUGAAUAAAAACAGUGAAGACGAUUCCACAAUGGACGGGGAUAGUGACGAGGAGUUGGGAUGCGUGGGGAGGCUGAUGGUGACGCUGCGCAUCAACCCCAAUCUGAUCAUGUUGAAAGUGACUUUGUUUGUCAUGUACGGAGCCACAGCAUCUCUCUUGCCGUAUCUGACAAUACACAUGCAGAGUAUAGGAUUGACUGUGCCAGAAAUAUCUUUUGUGUAUUUAGCGUUGCCAUUUACCACUUUUCUUAGUCCACCUAUAACAGGUUUCCUGGUGGAUCGCUUUGGGGAGUACAAGCCUGUCGUGAUCACCGCUUUGAUUCUGAAUGCUGCAUUCCACCACUCGUUACUGCUCAUACCCCACCAAGAGACGCCAGGGAUGAUGCCAUCAGCUUACGUCAUGCGGCACCCGAUCACAAAUAGCGUAGAGAUUUGGUGGAGCCCCUGUCCUAGCAGGGAAUGUCCUGGAGAGGAUGAGACUGUGGACUUUGUUCUCGACCGUUGCGUGGACCAUUGCCUGCUGACCAAACCCACUGAGACUCCUCCAAGUGACCCUGCUGAUGACAAAGACGACUUGGACUUCCACAUUAGCCAUAAGGUCCAGUUACCGAAUUUGAAGUCUAAUUCCAGUUUUUUAAACGGUACUGAUGACGAAGAUUAUAAUGACGCAUCUUACUUUUUAAUUGAAGUACACGAUGAUUUGGAAGAACCAAAAGAACAACUUGGCAUUGAAAUGGAAAGGGAUGAAGAUGAUCAAAUAACAGAUUUUAGAUCAAGAUUUGGAGAAAAACUAUUAAUAGCACAAGGAAUUAAUAUAACAGCACUCGAUAAAGAGGACCUUCGAUGCGGUGGUCUUGUUAUGUUACAUAAUAUGACUAAGCUCUCCAAGCAACGUCUCGAGAUUUUAUCUGCAGAUUGUAUGGUACAAAAAUGUGACUUCAGGAGAGGCGGCCCCGAUACGUGCCCGCCGGAUUAUAAGGAGAGCGACGAUAAAACGUUCUAUAUCUAUUUCUUCUUGAGAUUUAUGGGGACUAUUAUGUUAUCUGCCGGUGUCACAAUCAUGGACCCUAUAGCUUUAACGAUGAUUCAAAAGUACGGUGGAGACUUUGGCAGAGAAAGGCUAUUUUCUAGUAUUGGGAUGGCUAUAUUCUCCCCCAUAACAGGCAUGUUGAUAGAUAUGAGAAGUAAACAAGUUGGAUACACUGACUAUUCAGCUGCGUUUUAUACUUACGAUGUGCUGCUGUUGAUAUCAGCUGUAACCGUCGCCGUCAUGCCUCUCGGAGCCAAACUACCUGCCGAUAAUUUACUCCGAGAUUUAGUAAACAUUAUCAAAAUGCCGCAUAUCAUUGUUUUCAUAUUUUUCCUGUUUGCUCUGGGAAACUUUUGGGGAUUUAUCGAAUCUUAUCUGUUUAUUUACUUGAAGGAAUUGGGAGCACCGAAUUUUUUAUUAGGAAUAACCGUGACCGUGGGCACGCUGAGCAGCAUCCCGUUCCUCUACGGCGCGGAUGCCAUCACCGCGCGCAUCGGCCACGUGAAUGUCAUCAUAGUCGCGUUCUUCUCCCACGCCGCGAGACUAGUCGGCUACUCGUUCAUCGAGAAUUCCUGGUGGUGUUUCCCCUUCGAAGCUAUGGAGUCUCUAUCAGUGCAUCUUAUGUGGGUGGCUGCAGCUACGUACUGCGCUAUGCUGGCUCCUAAGAGCUUGCUGGCCACGUUGAUUGGAGUUCUUGGGAUGGCGCAUUUCAGUCUUGGUCGAGGCAGCGGUAGUUUCGGAGGUGGUCUUCUAAUAGCAACCCUUGGCACAAGAGAAGCGUUCCGUUACAUGGGUCUCAUCGCCUUCCUCGGUGGAGUUCUGUACGGCUUGCUGCAUUAUUUCUGGCUCAAGAACAUCAACAUGACAGGCAUGCAGAACGCUUGUGAACCAGAGACUGGAGAGACUAUAGAAAGUGGAGAAGGUGACAAGCUGAACGCCGAACCGUUAACCAAAGACGCAGAAACCAUGAUAUCACUGGAGCGGCUGCACAUGAUCACACGAUUCAAUCCACUUGGCUCUCUACAUUCCUUACCUAGAGGCUCACGUUCAAGGUUCUCCCAAGGCGAUAUAAACGAGCACUGCCGCAGCCGCAGCGGCAGCAACAGCCAGCGCCGCGGCAGUAAUUACGAAGGUUCGGCCUCGAAGGUCGACAUGCUCCGUUCCGCCAUCGAGAUUAGCCACCAUCACGGAAGAGGUCAUAUAUCUAACAACAGCCUUUGCAGUAAUAGGACUUCCAAUCACUAUAAGCAAGCCCAGAGCGCGCCAAAGCUAGUUCUAGUAGGACUGGGACAAAGGAACAACAUCUCCCAGCCAGCUCUCUCCGAAUACGACCCGAGGCGUCGCGAUUCUAUCCCCGAAGAGGCUGAGGAGGACCGACUGGCAGUACCAGCUAAACCUCCCACAAAGACUAAGAGCGACAACCUCCCACCACCCCCAAGUUAUGACGAAGCUACAGGAGAACACAGAAAAAGUUGGCAUUCCGACGACAGUACCCCAACUUAACCUUCCAAUACUCCACCAAACUUUGUCAACAUCGUUAAAGUUUUUGACUUUAUUAAGAAAGGAAAAGCUGAUGACUUUUCUAAGGUUGUAGAAGAUUACGGCCAUUUUAAGAUAGUCAAUAUUUUUGGGAUUUCAAGACUCGUGGUAAAGAAUGUAGAAGCAACGAGUGUAGCUAAGAGUUCUAAUGCAAAGUUUAGCGUGCAGUCAGAAUUGCCUGUCUUAGUUAGUAAUGUUUUAGAGUAGAUAGUUGUAGAAGUAAUUUGUGUAAAAAAUUCUGAUCAAGUGCAUGAAAGACGUAUGCUUGAUAUUACAUAUUUUUUCCUUGUAUAGAGUUUUUAACAUAAGACAUUGAGCGUUACAUCUAAUAUCGUCUUCAUCAUCGCAUAAUUUUAAUCGCAUUAUUUUAUUAUUAAUAAAAGUAAGCAACUUUUGUAAAGGCUUUAAUUUAUUUAAGUUGUAGAUAAUGGAUAUUAUACAUUUCUGUUGUGAAACA